AUGGCUGAGACACGCAACGAUAGCGCGCGAGAGGCAGACGCGGGGUUGGAACUGCGGCGGAAGACGAGCCAAGCCGUAGACGAAGGCCACGAUGCGGACAUCCCCUCAAGCCAGGGCUACGUAUUGAACGAGGCAGGCGAACUGAAGAGGCUCCAAUCCAUAGCGGAUCUGAGGAAGAAGACCAGUGCGACAAAGGACAGCAGCCCAGAUCGAGACGUGGAGAAGGGCGACGUGCCCCAAGAGGGCGUUGACGGGAACGCCGAACACACGGACGACGAGACGGACCCCAAUGUUGUCUGGUGGGACGGGCCCGACGACCCGGAGAAUCCAUACAACUGGCCUUUGUGGCGGAAGCUGGUCAACUGCGGACUCAUCAGCACCAUGACUUUCAUCUCGCCACUUGCUUCAUCUAUAUUUGCGCCUGGCGUUCCCCAAGUGGUCAUGGAGUUCCACUCCACAUCCCUAGAGAUCGCCACCUUCGUCGUCUCGGUCUACCUCCUGGGCUUUGCGGCAGGCCCCAUACUCAUAGCGCCCCUUUCCGAGAUCUACGGCCGGGUCAUCGUCUACCACGUCUGCAAUGUCGGGUUCGUGGCAUUUGCCGUCGGUUGCGCACUUGCUCCAAGUCUAAACUCGCUCAUCGCGUUUCGAUUCCUCUUCGGCAUCUUCGGAUCCGCCCCUCUCACGAACGGCGGUGGGACUAUCGCCGACAUGAUCGCACAGGAGAAACGAGGCGCCGCGCUGGCAGCAUACAGUAUCGGCCCACUUCUUGGACCUGUGAUCGGACCCGUGGCAGGGGGGUUCCUGUCUGAUGCUGAAGGUUGGAGAUGGACGUUCUGGCUACUCGCCAUCGCAGGGGGGCUCGUCUCGAUCGUCGAGCUCUUCGCACUCAAGGAAAGCUAUGCGCCGGUCAUCAUACAGAGAAAGGUGGCGCGACUACGCAAGGAGACUGGGAACGAUUUGCUGCGCUCGAAACUCGACAUCGGCUUGUCGCCAGGGGACUACUUCAAGCGUGCAGUCAUCCGACCCAUCAAGAUGAUCUUCAAAUCUCCAAUCGUUGCGAUCAUGUCUCUGUACACUGCAGUCACGUAUGGCUACCUGUAUGUCAUGUUCACGACCAUGACCGAGGUAUUCGAAGAGACAUACGGCUUUAACACCAGUACCGUCGGACUAUCCUUUCUCGGUUUGGGAGUCGGGAGUUUGAUUGGCAUUGGCCUCUACAGUUCAACCUCGGACAAGUACAUCAGGAGAAAGGCUGCCGAGGCCGACAGGGCAGCUGAAGCAAGUGGCAGUGCCAAGACGGGUAUGAAGCCAGAAUACCGGCUGCCAAUGCUACCGCUCGGGGCAGCGUUGAUCCCAGCGGGACUCUUCAUCUACGGCUGGACGGCGGAUUACAAGGUCCACUGGAUCGCGCCUAUCAUCGGGACAGGUGUGGUCGGUGCUGGCAAUCUGAUUGUUUUCCUGUCAAUCCAGACAUAUCUCGUCGACGCCUUCACGAUCUAUGCCGCUUCCGCUCUCGCCACCAACACUAUCGUGCGGUCCGUCGCAGGCGCUGUGCUGCCUCUCGCCGGACUGAAGCUGUACGCAAAGCUCGGGUUGGGGUGGGGGAACAGCCUACUGGCUUUCAUUGCCAUAGCCCUGUUGCCUGUCUCCUUUGGACUGUUGAAGUAUGGGGAGCUCUUGAGGAACAACUUUCCGAUCAAGAAUUUGUAG